AUGGCAUUGAAAAGUGUUGAAGAAGCUGUGAUAAAACUUGAAAAGUUGCUUCAAGAAUUGCAUGUGUCAAGCUCUAGUUCUGGAAAAGAGCAUUUGAAAGCAGCCUGUUCUGAUUUGGAAAAAAUACGGAAACUUAAGAAAGAAGCUGAAUUCUUGGAGGCAUCUUUCAGAGCAAAAGCCGAUUCUCUGCAAGAGGGAGUUAGUAGUGCUCAAACCAUCACACCGGUCGGUGAAGAGGACAGGCUAAUAAAAGGGAAAAGCAGAAAGAAUGACAACGUAAGGGUGGACAGGAACAAAAGACAAAUUGGAAACUCUCGUGGAUUCUGGGGCAUCUUUGUACCUCCUGUCACCAGAAAGCCUGACCUGGAAGCAGAUGCGGACGCAUAUGAAAAUUAUAUUGAACAGCCUGCGUCAAAUGUAGGGGUUGUGGAUCAAGAAUCCAAUGAAAUCCACCGCUUUGAGCUUCUAAGAGAUGAGCUGAUGGAACUUGAGAAAAGGGUUCAAAGAAGUGCCUAUCAAUCAGAAAAUAAUGAGGAUUUGAUGAUCAUUGACAAUGGUGCCCGUUAUAGUGGUGAUGCUGGAGAUGGUCAGAUUGCCUUAGUUCCGAAGAAAGAGAAUAUCAUACAAAAAUCUUUUGAGAAACUAAAAGAAACAGGAACGGAUGUCUGGCAAGGAACUCAACUUCUUGCUAUUGAUGUUGGUGCUGCCACGGGUUUCGUCAGAAGGACCUUAAUAGGUGAUGAAUUGACUGAGAAGGAGAAGAAAGCACUUAAAAGAACCUUAACGAACAUGGCCUCAGUUGUUCCUAUCGGUGUUUUAAUGCUAAUUCCAGUUACUGCCGUUGGGCAUGCAGCCAUGUUGGCUGCUAUUCAGAGAUAUGUACCAGCUCUGAUUCCAUCCACUUACGCACCAGAGAGGUUGGAACUCUUGAGGCAACUUGAUAAGAUGAAGCAAAUGACAAUCAAUGACGAGGAUUCAGAUGAGAAAGUGGAUGAAGUUAAAUGA